UUUGCUCUUACUUUUGGCUUUUCUAGCAAAGGCACUAAACAUGUCUGAGACCGCUCCUGCAGCGCCUGCUGCUCCCGCACCUGUGGAAAAGACACCUGUGAAGAAGAAGGCAAAGAAGACCGGCGCCGCUGCUGGGAAGCGCAAGGCGUCCGGACCCCCGGUGUCCGAACUCAUCACCAAGGCCGUGGCCGCAUCCAAGGAGCGCAGCGGCGUGUCCCUGGCCGCGCUCAAGAAGGCGCUGGCGGCCGCCGGCUACGAUGUGGAGAAGAACAACAGCCGCAUCAAGCUGGGGCUCAAGAGCCUGGUGAGCAAGGGCACCCUGGUGCAGACCAAGGGCACCGGCGCCUCCGGCUCCUUCAAGCUCAACAAGAAGGCGGCUUCCGGCGAGUCCAAGCCCAAAGCCAAGAAGACCGGGGCUGCCAAGGCUAAGAAGUCCGCGGGCGCAGCCAAGAAGCCCAAGAAGGCGACCGGUUCUGCCACACCCAAGAAGGCCGCCAAGAAGACCCCGAAGAAGGUGAAGAAGCCCGCGGCUGCUGCAGGCGCGAAGAAAGUUUCCAAGAGCCCGAAAAAGGUGAAGGCAGCUAAGCCCAAGAAAGCAGCCAAGAGUCCAGCAAAAGCCAAAGCCCCCAAGCCUAAGGCCACCAAGCCAAAGGCGGCCAAGCCGAAGGCAACCAAGGCAAAGAAGGCCGCCCCCCGCAAGAAGUAAAAGUGGCGCGUCCUACUUUGAAAAUCUCAAACGGCUCUUUUCAGAGCCACCCACAGAUGUCAUUCAAAAGAGCUGCACUCUUCUGGGUGAUACAUGGCCUCUUGUGGCAUUGGUCAGCUGAGACCAGCUAUACAGUCUGAAGCAAGGCAGUCAAUUCUGUGCCAGUCCAUACUUUUGGGCUGCAUAUGGGUAGAAGUGCUCGUUUAAUGUUAAACAGAUGGGGUUGUUCUGUGCAAAAGCAGUAAUUGAGACGCAGAGUGUCGGCGGGAAGUCCUCUUGUUUCUGGCGCCUAGGCGUGGUUAAUUAUCUUUAGCAAACCAAUCCUACAGUGGGGUUACUUGCAGGAGCUGAGUCUUUGAGCUUUCCUUUCUGAUCUGUCUACAAACCUUGGUUUUGAGAAGUACCCAAUCAGGGCAUCCUGUCAGUUAUGAGUGGCAAGCGUUGCACCAAUCAUCUCUGUUUAAGUAUGUUUGUGUACUCUUUAAGGUGGAUUUUUAUUCCUUCCCCGCCACACUGCUUUUCCCAUAGCCCUGGAUUUCUGUCCACAGGGUAUGAAAGGUUGAGAUGCUAAGCUUUUUGGUUUUUGUUUGCUGGGAAGUUGGUGAAAGAAAUUUUAUUUCUCCAUUGCCUCUCCAUCUGAAUGUUCAGGGCCUGAUCACAUGUCACUGCUUAAAUUUGUAAGCUGUGUUAAACAUCCUGAUGCCAAGUUUUAGUAAAAUGAAGCUCCUUUGGCAAUUCACACGCCACGUUGCUUCCGCAUGCGUUGCUCUGAGCUUACCUGUUCUUUAGUGAACAGAGCGACAGACAAUGUGAAGAAGGAAAAACCAUUUUGGUGGACUGCCUGGUUUUCAGCUGGAUUUAUCAAAGUUAGGGGAGGAAAAAGCUGAAAUGAAUUUGGGGUUGUCUUUUCCAUUUCAUUACUGUAGGUAAAGGUUUGUUUCUUUUUCUUUUUCUUUUUUCUUUUGCAACCCCCGGUGGGAGCCUGCUUUCUUUUCAUCCUGAUGUAAAAAUUCUACAAAUGCUUUUAAUGGAGCUCCUGGUAGCGAGAAAUUACUGAAUACGUCAAAAAUAUAUUUUUUUUCCAUUAUACAUACUCGUGCGGUCGGAGGACAACUUGCCGCCGUUUUCUUUCUGCAUGCGGGUCCCAUGCCUUGCAGCUAUUAAAUGCGGGGGCCCAAAAAUGUGAGCCCUUUUCCACUUUGACCAAAGGUCAGAGAGUUCGAAUUUAUCUCCAGUUCCUUCAGGGUUAUUGUGCCUACAGGUAGAACAGAGAAUUCUGCUCUCUCAAGGUUAUAGUCAACAGGUGUGGCUAAUAUCCAGACCCUGUUCUCCAGGAAUAGAGAAGUUGAUCUGUUCCCACCUCAAAAGUCUACGGAUCCAACUAAGGGUCCAGUUCCUUUAUACCAUGCAUUUUACCCACUCCGUGGUUUGCCUACAGAACGUUUUGGUCUAGAUUGUGGUCAGGGUAUUAGUACUCACGGAAUUCCCUUCUGGUACCAUUCUGUUUCUCCAUUUUAUUAUUUUCAUUCACAUCUUCAUAUUGUUUACUAAUAUUUUCUAAAUCCCCAUGCCUCUAACCUGGCAAGAAGUGUCUUUGUUGAGGCUUGUCCCUGACAAUCACAUGUGUAUUCUUAUAAGCCUACAUUUCAGCCUAGCAUUUCCUUAAAUGAAUAGUGGACCCCUUAGAAGAUGGUUCAGUAGGUAAAGAAUCUUGUAGACAAUAGUGAAGACCUGAGUUCAAUCCCGGGACCCAUACGAUGGAAUCAGAUAUCUGAAAGAUGUUUUUUGACUUCUAACACACACACACACACACACACACACACACACACCAGAUAUAGUUAAACUGUAGUGAUAGGCGCUGAAUUUGAAUAAUUUCAUGUAAUUAAAAAUUAAUUUUAAAGGAUGGGUAGCUUCCUAUUAAAUUUAAUGUGCCUGUGACAUAGUCUGUGUAAUCAGAUGCUUUUAAACUCUGCAAGCAGGGCGAUGGUGGCACACACCUUUAAUCCCUGCACUCGGGAGGCAGAGGCAGGCGGAUCUCUGUGAGUUCGAGACCAGCCUGGUCUACAAAGCUAGUUCCAGGACUGGCUUCAAAGCUACAGAGAAACCCUGUCUUG